AUGUUUUCAAUGUAUCCUAGCCGAGACCUACCGAAGAGUUACAUUAUUAAAGGUGAUAAGGUGUUCACAAGCUCCAACAUGAAGGUAUAGAUAUGGCGCCCCAAGACGACACUUCAGGUCAACGAUCCUCGUAGUGUUCAUGUCAGCAACCUCUGUUUUUCCCAGACCUCGUUCCAGAGCCCACGAACGUACCUCACUGGUUAUGUCAUAGGAUGUCCUUGCCUCAACAUCGACGUAAAAUGUGUCGUGGAAAAAAAAGUACGAGGAAGGAUAUCGAUUCUUACAGAGGUCUUCAUUGGAAACAGGUCGCUCACUUACAUCUUCGAACACGUGAUUAUCUGAUGGACACUCAAUGGCGUUCUUCAACUCUUUGA